AUGGACUGCGACAAGCCUUGCGAAUAUCAAUUCGGCGCUACAUACGAGGACUGUGUCAUCCUGGAUGUCUCCGAUCCAGGAGGAUCCGUUCCCUACUUCACAGCCCGACGAGCACUGUCCGGUCCGUACGCCACAUUCAUGGAUGAAAUGGAGAACCUGCUGCUUGGUGCCGUGAAAAGCAAACCAUCUCCAAAGCUCCGCGAAUUGUCCCUGAAGACGGCACCAUCGGAGAUCGUCAACCUUGCCGAGGGCCAAUACAAGCUCAUCACCACCAAUAUUGAAGGAGGGCACAAGGCGCAUUUGGAGAAGAUGACGUCCGGAAGCCAGGGAGAGUUCGCACCACAGCAAAACCGCUACGACCUUGCUGCGCGCGGCUUCGCGCUGAGAAUCGAUCUCGAGAAGCAUAACGCCUGGAAAUCGAAGCAGCCUCCGAGGACACAGGAAAAGGAACUUCUACAUAUUACCGGCAACCCACUGCCAUCGGCCUAUGGAACGGCGUACAGGAUUAUCGAAGAGUUGAGCAGCCCCUACUAUCUGUCGGAGGACAACAAAGAGCCGAAAUACAACCCGUCUGGGGAUCGCAUUCAAAUCUUGUGCGAGCGAUUGGGUGGAAUGGUGGGAGGAGAGAAUCACGUGGCGAGGCCGAAAGGGCGGACGAUUGUCGUCGGAGACCUUCAUGGAAAUUUCAACGACCUUUGGCGUAUCAUCCAUGCUUGGCUGUCGGAUGUGGUUGACGGAGGGCCCGGCCAAAACAUCAUGUUCCUCGGAGACAUCGUCGAUCGCGGCCCCCGUCAACUUGAAUGCUUGCUGCUGAUUAUGGCGUACAAGAUGCACUACCCCCAACAGGUGUUCAUCGUCCGUGGCAACCAUGAAGAGGACCAAGUUUGCUACGAUUUUCAACAACAUAUGGUUGCACGCGGUUUCUUCGAAAAGCUUCCGGUUAUUGGGCUAAUUGACGGCCGGAUUCUCUGCAUGCACGGCAUGCUCACGCCCGAGCUGACGCGAGACGUUCUGAAAAAGGGCUGGAAAACGGAGGAGACGUUAUACGAUGGGAUGGCCAGGCUAUUGCGCUGGAACGAUCCGUCAGAAGAUGUUGAACAUGUCGAGCUCAAUGCGACGCGAAACUUCGGCCAGCGAUUGGGCCCUCACGUUAUCGAAGGCGCGAUUAAACGUCUUCACGUCGACUUCGUCAUCCGUGGUCACCAGGCGAUGACGAACGGCGUGCGCCGAUUUGCCAACCUCCCGUUGGCCACCGUCUUCUCGUCUUCGUACUACCUAAACGAGGAGAAUUUCGGCGCCGUUCUCUUCGUCAAUCCUGUGAAAAACGAGAUCGUGCCGAUCUUCAUCGUGAGCCACAAGGACAGCGUCGCGACGCAAGAGGAAUUCGACGAAAAACUGCGUGAGGGCUGGAAAGUCGAUGAUUAUGCGGUCAUCCCCGACGACAUCACGAUGAAGGGAGAGAAGAAG